AACUUUUCUAGUGAGUGUUUCCCCACGGCAGGAAUUGUAGGUGCACAUUCAGGAACCUACACAACACGAGAACAGUCGGCAUGAGUACGAGAUAGGAAAAGAAAAUCGUUUUCAAAGUCUGUAAGCGUGUACUGGUUAGAUUUAGGUCGGGAACUUUUAAAAAUGUGUUUUAUAGCGUGAGGAAGUUUGCCUUAGAGUUUUGUGUUAACGUAAUUGUACUUCGGCCCCGUUACUUUAGAUCUCAGUUUUUGCACUAACCGGUCGGGUAACUAACUUAUCCUAAUGUUGCGGCUAACAUUUGCUCACUUGGAAAACUUGAGUACAUGAGUUUGUAUUAAAUAAAGAAGAUAACUGUUCGUACGCGGGAAAUUGUUUAUUUUGCUGUUGAAACAGCUUGACUGCUUUGAAACAAUGGUGUUUUUCACGUGCAAUGCGUGCGGGGAGUCGUUGAAGAAAGCUCAGGUGGACAAACAUGUAAUGAAAUGUCGGAAUUGUGAAGUACUCUCGUGUAUUGAUUGUGGAAAAGACUUUUGGGGAGACGACUACAAGGACCAUAACAAAUGCAUUAGCGAAGACCAGAAAUAUGGUGGCAAAGGCUACGAGGCCAAGUCCAACAAAGGUGAUGUCAAGCAACAGCAAUGGAUUCAAAGAAUUCAUGAAGCUAUGGACAAACCAGGAGUGACUCCAAAGCUAAGGGACAUUCUCAAACAAGUCAGUUCGUAUGACAAUGUUCCAAGAAAGAAGGCAAAAUUUCAGAACUGGAUGCAGAACAGUCUGAGGAUCCACAAUACCUCCCUGCAUGACCAGGUGUGGGAAGUCUUCUCUGCAGCCACAACCAAUGGUCCAGAGAAGCAAGGUAAUCAGGAAGCGCCUAUAGAUAAGACCAAUGGGACCAGUAAGGCUGAGGAGAAUGGGUCGGCACCGCAAGAAGCAUCGGAGGAGGUGGCCCCUCUGAAAGAGAAGAAGAAGAAGAACAAACGGGAACGGAAAGAGGAGCGACAGCAGCAGCAGCAGAAGAAGCAGAAGAAAGCUCACGCUAACGCUAAUGGCCAGGAGGAAGAGGAGCAGCAGCAGCAGCAGCAGAAGAAGCAGAAGAAAGCUCACGCUAACGCUAAUGGCCAGGAGGAAGAGGAGCAGCAGCCCAGCGAGGAAGCCCCUGAGAAAAAGAAGAAGAAGAAGAGGAAAAUGGAGGACGUGGAGGGGGAUGACUGCACUUCUAAUGGACAAACUGCUGAAGAUACUGGGAGGAAAGCCAAGAAGAAAAAAGACAAUUUAGAUGACACGCAAAAUUCCGAGGUAGCAGAUGAUGCAGAGGGGGAAGCUAAUGAAGCAAAUGCCAAAGGCAAAUUCAACUGGAAAGGGACGAUUAAAGCAGUAUUGAGACAAUCACCAGAUGAAGGCAUUGCUGUCAAAAAGCUCAGAAAGAAGGUUCUGGCUGCAUAUUACUCAUUCAGUGGUAAUGGGAACUUCAGAUCAGAGGAAGAGAUCUUCUCCCUGUUCAACAAGAAAAUCAACGGCAAUCCCAAGUUCAAGGUUGUGAAAGACAAAGUCAGACUUGUGAAGUAGGCAUUCAGUGACAUUGCCCAUGAAUGAUUCUGUCAGAGACCUAUUUUUCCAAAAAUCUCCCUCAUGAAAUGUUUUUAGUAAAAAAAAUAAAUGUUCUGUUAGAACCACCA